AAAGAGCUUGAGAGAGCCAGAUUGGAGCAAGAAAAUGCUACAACAGCCAAACAAAAUCUAGAAAAAAGACUUCAAGACGAAAGUAUGAGUUUACACACGUCGUAUUCAGAUUUAGAAGUUUCACAAUUAAAAUCUGAAAUCGAGAUGUUAAAAAUGGAACUACAACGCGCUGAAGGAGAAUUAGAAGAUCGCUGUUGGUCACCACCAGUUGGACUGCAGCACUGGUUACAAUUAACUCAUGAAAUUGAAAAUAAAUCUUAUACAAAGAAAAAAAUAUCUGCAGAGAAGCAAUUGCAACAAGCUCGAGAAGCAUGUGAAAAAUUACGCAAAAAACGAUCAAGUCUAGUAGGAGCAUUCGUAUCGACUCAUGGAAAAUCAAUUGAUGAAGUUGACAAGAGUAUUGUUGAAGCAAGAACGGCUCUGAAUGAAGUGACCGCUGAAUUACAGGAACGGGUACAUCGUUGGAAACAAAUCGAGCUACUCUGUGGAUUCAACAUUAUCAACAAUAACGGAUUGAGUUAUCUUGAAAAUAUUUUGUAUCGUGGCGCGCCAAAUGGACGCAGCUUAGCAUUACGAGGACGAAUAAGCAGUAGUCAAGACGACCUAGAUGAUGACGGAGGUUCAUUGUACGCACAAUCAAUUUCUGGUGCAGCAGGUGGCUUAGAAAAUAUUAGCUGGAAGGAAUCAUCUUUACCACCAGAUUCGUCAAGUAGUGAAACAGGAAAAGAAACACCACCAGAAGUACAUUUUACAUUAGGAGAUGAUGAUUCAACACCACUGUCAUCAUCUAAAGCAUCAUUAAUUUGUGAUAAAUCAUCAAUAGCUCGUUCAUUUAGUCAAGAUGCAAAUAUUUCGACUAAUGAUGAUACUAGAAACAGUAUAUCAUCAUUUUCGAAGACUUCACUUUCUGAUAAUUCACUUUUGGAUUCUUCAGAUAAAAAAAGUCAAAAGAGCUUGCGUGAGUUACCAACUGUCAUGGCGGUUGAUGAUGAAACGCAGUCAACCGACUCCAAUUCAACUGCUGACAAUGAUGAAUUAAAACGACGACGAAGAAAAUUAUUUCCCGCAUUCAGAAAGAACAAAGGAAAAAACACGUGA